CCGGCGAAGGCGAGGCUGCUUUUGCAUUCCCAGACGGCAGGAAGGCGAGCGAGCGAGCGAGCAGCCAGCCGGGCGCUCCGGGAGCAGUAUGGGUAGCCUCCGCAGGGCCGGCGGUCCCCUCCUUCUCCUCGCCCCCCUUUUGGUCCUGCUCCGAGGCGCCCAGACCCACGAAGUUGUCCUGCUAGACUUUGCUAAGGCACAGGGAGAUCUGGGCUGGCUCAAUCAUCCCUACGGCAAAGGGUGGGAUCUUCUCCAGAAUGUCAUGGAUGAGUCCCUCAUCUACAUCUAUUCAGUCUGCAACGUCAUGGAUGGUGAUCAGGACAACUGGCUGCGCACCAACUGGAUCUAUCGCAGUGAAGCCCAGCGCAUCUUCAUCGAGCUCAAGUUCACCGUCCGAGAUUGCAACAGCUUCCCCAGCGCGACGGGCACGUGCAAGGAGACCUUCAAUCUCUUCUAUGCGGAGUCAGAUGUGGAUUAUGGCACCAACUUCCAGAAGCGUCAGUUCCUCAAGAUUGACACCAUUGCCCCUGAUGAGAUCACUGUGCGCGAGGACUUUGAUACCCGCAAUGUUAAGAUCAACGUGGAGGUGCGCUCAGUGGGGCCCCUCACCGGCCAGGGCUUCUACCUGGCCUUUCAGGAUGUUGGGGCUUGUGUGGCUCUCUUGUCUGUCCGGAUCUACUACAAGAAGUGCCCAGGAGUCUUCCGCAACAUGGCAAGUUUCCCCGAGACCAUUGCUGGAGCCGAUUCGCAGGCCUUGGCCAAGGUGCGCGGGACUUGCGUGCCAGAUGCAGUGGCCAGCGAGGAGCCAUUCAUGCACUGCAAUUCGGAUGGGGAAUGGCUGGUGCCCAUUGGCGAAUGUCUUUGUCAUGCGGGGUACGAGAAGGACGGGGACACCUGCAAAGCUUGCUCACCUGGGUUCUUCAAACAAGACAUCUCCAAUAACGCCUGUUCAAAAUGCCCUUUGCACACGCUGCCCUCUUCUGAAGGCUCUACUUCAUGUCCCUGUGAAGAGUCCUAUUUUCGGGCCCUGAGUGAUCCUGUUUCCAUGGCAUGCACACAACCCCCUUCUGCUCCCCACCGUGUCACAGCAAUCGGUUUGGGCGCUAAGGUACAACUGCGCUGGUCCCCACCCCGGGACACAGGAGGCCGUGAGGACAUUACGUACAGCGUGUCGUGUGAACAGUGUUGGCCAGAGUCAGGGGACUGCCGUCCCUGUGAUGCCACUCUCCGGUAUUCAGAUAACCCCCAAAAACUCGUCAGCACCUCCGUGACCAUCAGUGAUUUGGAGCCACACGUUAACUACACCUUCACUGUACAGGCCCAGAAUGGAGUGUCCUCCUUCAGCAAACAGCGUAGCUACGGUGUCACCAGUAUUAGCGUCAACCAGACAGAACCUCCCCGAGUGACUUCGGUGACCAUGGACAGCCGCACUGCCACCAGUCUGACUCUAUCCUGGACAGUCCCACCUCGGCAACAGAGCCAUGUUUGGAAAUACCAGGUCACUUACAAAAAGAAGAAGGAUGAAAACAGCUACUCGGUGCUGCGCUGUGAAAGUAACUCUGUGAUCCUGCCAAAACUCACCCCUAGUACCAAGUACGUGGUGAGCGUCCAGGCACUGACCCAGGAGGGCCAUGGGACCCACAGUGUGGAGCACGAGUUUGAGACACUUGCUGAACGCUCUGAUGGCAUGAAUACUGCUGCAGUCGUUGGAGGUUCCAUUGCUGGCUGCAUCUUCAUGGCUGUCUUAGUGCUGGGGCUUGUCCUGUUCAUUUACCGGAGGAAAAAGAACCUGAGGGCCCGGCAGACAUCAGAGGACGUUUACUUCUCGAAGUCUGACCAACUCAAGCCCCUGAAGACUUAUGUGGACCCCCACACCUAUGAAGAUCCCAACCAGGCUGUUUUGAAGUUCACAACUGAAAUCCAUCCUUCAUGCAUCUCCCAGCAGAAAGUCAUCGGGGCAGGUGAAUUUGGGGAAGUCUACAAGGGAACCUUGAAAAACGGCAAGAAAGAGAUCCCAGUGGCCAUUAAGACAUUAAAAUCAGGCUACACUGAGAAGCAGCGCAUUGACUUCCUGAGUGAAGCGAGCAUCAUGGGGCAGUUUUGCCACCACAACAUCAUCCGCUUGGAGGGAGUCGUUUCCAAAUAUAAACCUUUCAUGAUCAUCACAGAGUACAUGGAGAAUGGUGCUCUGGAUAAGUUCCUUCGGGAAAAGGAUGGGGAGUUUUGCGUCAUCCAACUGGUGGGCAUGUUGAGGGGCAUUGCAUCUGGUAUGAAGUACUUGGCCAGUAUGAACUAUGUCCACCGGGAUUUGGCAGCCCGCAAUAUCCUUGUCGACAGCCAACUGGUCUGCAAAGUAUCUGACUUCGGCCUCUCCCGUGUCCUGGAGGAUGACCCUGAUGCGACCUACACCACUAGCGGCGGGAAAAUCCCCAUCCGAUGGACGGCGCCUGAGGCUAUCUCUCAUCGCAAGUUCACCUCGGCCAGUGACGUCUGGAGCUAUGGAAUCGUUAUGUGGGAGGUGAUGUCCUAUGGUGAACGGCCUUACUGGGAACUCUCUAACCACGAGGUGAUGAAAGCAAUUAAUGAAGGCUUCCGGCUUCCUGCACCUUUGGACUGUCCUUCUGCCAUCUAUCAGCUGAUGAUGCGGUGCUGGCAACAGGAGAGAAGCCAGCGGCCCAAGUUCAACGAUAUUGUUAGCAUCUUGGACAAGCUUAUCCGUGCCCCCGAGUCUCUCAAGUCUUUGGCCGAGUUUGACCCUAGGAUCUCCAUCCGCCUACCUAGCACCAGUGGCUCAGAGGGGAUCCCUUUCCGAACUGUGGCUGAGUGGCUGGAGUCCAUCAAAAUGCAUCAGUACACAGAGCACUUCAUGGCCGCUGGGUAUAAUGUCAUUGAGAAGGUGGCGCAGAUGACCAAUGAUGAUAUCAAGAGAAUUGGAGUACGUCUACCAGGACACCAAAAGCGAAUUGCCUACAGCCUCCUGGGACUGAAGGAACAAGUCAGCACAAUUGGCAUUCCAAUCUGAGGUGGACAAAUCUCACCACACGUGGGUGGCUUUGUCGCCCAAUUUAACUGCCCAGUGGCCAGGCCAAGAACCAUGUGGCAAAAAUACUUCCUGGUACGUACUUGAAGCGCAGAAUCCAAGUGACCUCUCUUACCAAGGGUGCUGCCUCACAAAGAAGA